GCUGAGAGAGGGUGUCCCCCGGCCAGAGGGCUACCGUUGGGCCCGUUGAGGUGGCGACGAGCCCAGGGUUCCGGAUGGAGGCAGCCCGGAGUCCCGGGCCCAGGCUGUGCUGCAAGCCCGGUGGGCGGCUGGACAUGAGCCACGGCUUCGUGCACCAUAUCCGACGGAACCAGAUCGCCCGGGACGACUACGACAAGAAGGUGAAGCAGGCGGCCAAGGAGAAGGUGAGGAGGCGGCACACGCCCGCGCCGACGCGGCCCCGCAAGCCCGACCUGCAGGUGUACCUGCCGCGACACCGAGAUGGCUCUACCCGCCCAGGCAAACCAGACCCUGAAGAGUCCAGUGACAGUAGCAGCAGUGGAGGUUCUGAACCGGAGCCUGCUGGCCACCAGCUCUUCUGCCUGGAAUACGAGGCAGACAGUGGCGAGGUCACGUCAGUGAUCGUGUAUCAGGACGAUGACCCUGGAAGGGUGAGCGAGGAGGUGUCUGCCCACACGCCUCUGGAUCCGUCCAUGCGAGAAGCCCUCAAGUUGAGGGUCCAAGAGGAGAUCUCCAAGCGCCAGAACCGCCACUGACUGGUUUGAAAGCAUUCUUUGCAGGCCGGAUUCCCAGCCUUGGAAGAAUUCUGCCCCAGGAGCUCAGCGCCAGGCUGCUUGAUCUUGACACUGCCGGAGCUGCUGCUUGCUGCUGCAUCCAUGGAGGCCUGCUCCCCCACAGCCAUUUCCUGUGUUGGCCUCUGUGCCGGCCUUGUGAUCUGGAAUCUAUUUAUUUUAUUUUAUUUUCUUGGAAGGAGGAGUGUUGAACAUGGCUCUCUUGGUGUUCUGGAAGCACAGACUUGAGAAGCAGGGUUUAGGAAGACCUAAGCUGUCCUGCUGCUUUGUCACUGGGCCCACAUGCCUGGCUGCUCUGUGUUCCACCCAGCACCCUGAGCCUUGUUUGUUAUUUUUUGGUUGUUUUUCUUUGUUUGUGCUCACUUCCACCCACGUGUCCUCAGGCUUUUUUUUUUUUAAGCUUUAUUCCUUUGUUCUUCCUUUCCUUCACCGCUUUUGCCUUAGGCCAAUUCUCUCCCCACCCCUUCAAAGGGACUGAGCACCUCCAGCUGCUCCAGACUUUGGAGGUGGGGGAGUUGCUGGGGAUCUGCCUUUCUCACAAGUUCUCCAAGUAAUUCUGACACUAGGAUAAAAUGGAAGACCUUCAUUUUUGAAAGCUGCUCCCAAGCAUGCCUCCCUUCCCGGCUCCCACCACCACUUCCCUCUGUAUCCCCUGGCUUUCUGAAAUAGCUUGCAUGCUCCACUGCUUUGUUCUGUCAGAUAGGAGACCUAGAAAGAUCCUGGUUUUAACCCACACGGAUUUCUUGCAGCAGAACCAAUCUGAGGCUGCAGAAUUCCCGCUGUGAAUAGAUUGGCCACUAACAGAGAAUUAGCAAAGCAAGCUUGCUUGAAGCUAACUCUGCAAGUGUGGCUUAAAAGUCUGGUCCCUAAGUACCAAGGGAAACUCAACAUUAGCAAUAAUUGCCUGUUUGGGGCCAGAGUUACAGAGAAGGUUACUAAACAAGCUCUGCCUCCUCUCCCUGUCCCAUGUCCAUCUGUCGCCUUCUUUCUCCCACACUACCUCUCAAGGAUACACCCAAGGUGGCUUCCAAAAGUUCAUGGGAAAUGGAACUGAAAGGUAGUGUGGACGGUCUGAACUUCUUGAAGCCCCUGUGUAUAUGUAACAGAUCCUUCAAGAGUCCCAGGACAGCACUGCCGUUACCUAGGGAACAUCUCUUCUACCCCAGGGUUAGAUUAAGGUCUGAAGUCCACAAGAUGUCGAGCACACCAAAGUUCCAAGGCAGCUUGAGUUUGCCAGCAAAUCAGCCUUACCUCAGCAGCUUGAAAUGGACCUCUGAGCCCAGAACUUCCUGAAGCCAAAGCCUUUUCUGCCCCCACGUCAGGAUUCUGAACAUCAGUUCGUCUGUCCCAUCGCAACAGCUUCUUGCUCAAAGGACACCUGAGAGAACUGUGGAUUUGUAGUCCAAACCCCACAGAUCAUCUCAGAACAGGCCAAGGCAGCUACCUCCACCACACCAUGAGAAUGACAAAACACCUGAGCUGUAGCUUGCAGUACCCAGGAAUGCUGCUACAGUACAAGAGGCGGAUUGGUUAGAAGGGUCUGGCUGUGAAAGCAGCCAGGGACCAGAGUACUCCCGACCCAUUGGGAGCUGCCCAAGGUUAAGUGCCUUAAACUGCCAGUCCUGGGCUCAGGUCUGCUUUCACAGGAGAAAGUCCCUUCCCUCUACUUAUGCAACAGGCUACAAGUGCCUUAUGUUAACUGCCCUCCUGGGGCAGGACUAUUCUCCCCACAGGUUACAGGACCAGUCACUUCAAGUCUGCCGGCUCUUCAAUAGAUCCUGUGGCUUGGGACAUGGGAUUUCACUGGAAUUCUGUGAUUGCUGAGUCUGGAAAUUCUUUCUGUGUGCAUCUCACAACUGGAUCGCAUGUUACACUGUUUUUGUAUAACCCAGGUGUUUGGGGGACAUGGUACCUGAGAUUUCUAAACUUCUGUUCCUGUUUUGUGUGCAGGGACAUUUGUGGUGUUUGCACAGUGCAUCCUCAGAGACCCAUCCUCAGAGACCUUCCAGUGCAGGCUUACAAUCUCCUUGCCUCAUGACUUGGUUUUGCUGAAAUUCUUGGUUUACCAAGUGUAUGUGACACAUUUUCCACCCAUACAAGUAUUCUAAUCUGUGUAGCAUGACUCUAAAGCACUAAGCCUUGUGCCAGGACUGGGCUGUUAACCUAUUGUGUAUUGCCAACUCCCCUUCUCCCCAAUGGGAGUCCAAAAUGGUACUAUCUCGUCUAAUCACCAGAUCUGCCUCUGGAAGUCCUCCACAUGUUAAAAAUCUGCAAUUUGCCAGCUAGGAGCCUGUCUCAGGACUGACCUGUGUUGGGUGGGGGCAGUGGCAUCACUUAUGGAUGCCACUGGUAUGCCAGACUGUUUCAGAAGCAGUCCUCUUUUGAUUAGAUAGGUUCUUGGCU